GAGCGAUCUUCGAAUCCUUAUCUCUGCUUUGUGAGAUACUUGUACCUGACAGAAAUAUCUAUCCCUGUAGAAUUCGAAUAAAAAUUAUUUUAAGGAAUUUAAGACUCGUUUCACUUUAGAUUUUUUCUUUAAGUCCCCAUUGACGUCUCUUGAUAUCAUAGUUUGCAACAUGGUGGAAGAAAAGUUCAAGGUUUUAACAUUUAAUUGCUGGGCUGUGUUUUUUCCAUCUCCAACCGUGAGGAAAGAAGAUCGCGUCAAUGCAAUUGCCUCUAAGUUAGCAGUUGGGGAUUUCGAUGUAAUUUUACUUCAGGAGAUUUGGUUGGAAUCAGAUUACAGAAAGCUUCGAAACAUAUUGGACAAUAAGUACCCUUACUCCAAUUACUUCUACUGCAACCUUAUAGGAACUGGUAUGUGCAUAUUUUCAAAAUGGACUAUAGAAUGUGUGUUUACACACCCUUUUACCGCUAAUGGAUAUCCUCAUCUAAUCCACCAGGCUGAUUACUAUUGUGGCAAAGGUAUUGGCUUAGCUCGCAUCACAAGCAAAGAAGGAUUUAGGAUUAACUUUUACGUAACACAUUUAAUUGCUCGUUAUGAAUUAGAUCGUAUGCUGGACAAAUAUAAUGGACAUCGAAUAUCUCAAUUAGUUGAAGUGAUGGAAUUUGUUCGUAUAACAUCAACUGGUGCCGAUGCAAUUAUAAUUACUGGAGAUUUCAAUUUAGAAUCGAACACUUCAGCUAUUGAAUUAUUUGGUACUUCGUUAAAAUUGUCUGAUGCAUGGCUGACUAAUACUAUGGCUUUGAAGAAUACAAAUAUUAAGGAAUUAGAAUUUGAAGGCUGUACAUGUGAUCGAGGUGAUAAUCCUUAUCGUAAUCAACUAUGGACAAAUACUUAUGGGAAUGGUGAAAGAUUAGAUUAUAUAUUUUAUCGUUCUGGUCCUUCAAUAAUGGAUUCAUUUCAUAUACCAUCCUAUGCCAAACUUGUUUGUGAUUCAUGUUGGUUAGAUAUGCGUAAAAUACCUGACGACCCUUAUGGUUUACAUUACUCUGAUCAUGAAGGUGUAGCUGCGAGCUUUACGAUUACACGACUGCGUAAUCCCGUUAAACCAGAAGGUGAACCAAUGUCAACAAAUGAAUUGAAUCGACUACGUGAUUUAUUAUAUGAUGCUGAUCAACAAUUAACUCGUGGUUUAAAUCAAUGUGUACAUGGUCGUUCAUUACAUUUAACAUGGGCAAUAAUGAUUACGCUUUUAUUAGUUAUUUUAAUAUUAACUUAUCCCACUUAUUGGUUUAUAUCAAUUAUAAAGUGUUUACUUGAAAUAUUACUUGGUAUUGUAUUAUUCUCAUUAAUUUGGGGUUCAUUAAUUGGCAGAACUAUAGAAAAAGCUGGUUUACUAAAUGCUAAACAUUCACUUUCAACAUUGUGCUCACGAUUAGAUAAUUCGAACGAUUUUACAUUGAUUAAAUAAUAACUCCGUAAACACAUUUUAAUUUCUUUUUAACACACAAUUUUGUUGCUCUUUGUCUCUUUAGUUUGCACUUCGUUUUUUUGUUCUGUCUUUUCUCUCCUCUCGUUAAUUGAUUUUUCUUCCGAAAUACAUUUGUUUCACCUGUGUUCAGGCAUAAAAUUCCAUGUGUUUUAAUCUGCUCAUAUUUAUCUGUUGUUUUAAAAUUCAUCAACGAGUUUGAUAAAUGUUAAGAUCGAUAAUCAGUUGAUGAUUUGAUCGCCUUUCUCUUCUUCACUUUUCCUCUUACUGCUUGCUCCCUUUUUAACUGCAAAUAAUUAAUGGGAAUACUAAAUUAUCAUCGAGUAUCUCCUAUUGUCAUUGCUCACAAUUUUUACAUCUAUCAACAACAACAACAAAAUUGUCCUAUUUGACAUUGAUUAUUUUGUAAUUUAAUUUUUUUUUCUUUUUCAAUAUGCAACAUGUGUGCGUGCGCUCAAUAUACUACUGAAUGAUUGUUAUCGUCCUUGUCUCUUUUCUUCCUCUUUUUUUGGCUUUUAUGCUGUUUUAUGUUAUGUAUGCAGAAUUAUUUCUAGUUUGAAUACAUUUUGAAAAGAUUAUAUAUAUUCAUAUAUUCGCAUCAUAUUGUAUCUUCAUGUUCCUCAUUUAAUUAUUUACCUACUUUUAUUGUUGUUUAAAUUUAUCAAUGAAAAUUUAAUAUCCCCGUGCGUCUGUUCUAAUCUAAUGAAAAUGUAAUCAUAAUUAAUUUGAUGAUCAUGAGUAAAUUAAAAUUGAUUUUAUCUUUUAAUUUGUUUUCUCAUUUCAACGGUGUUAUUUGACAAGGAGAGAAUGAUUUUAUUUUUGAAUUGUUGUUAUUUUCAACAUGAA